AAAUGAUCAAGAAGGUUUCUGAUGUUAAAUUUUCUUGUGGCAACAUCCAGCUCUCAAGAAAUUCAGUAAGUAUAUUUACUACUUUUAUUUUAUAAAUUGUGGAUAGGCAACACUGGUUUUGCGAAGAAACAUAACAGUUUCUAUAUAUUUCUGACGCAAAUUGAGUGGGAAGAAGAAAAAUGGAUGACUUAACACCUGUUGCAAAGCGGCAAAAGAGGAUAAAAAAUUUCACAGCGGGUGAAAAACGAGAACUAAUUAAAGCAGUGGAAGAAUGGCCCCAAAUAUGGGACAAAACAAACGUUAUGCAUUCAAAUAAAAAUGCUGUGGAGCAGGCCUGGGUGCACAUAAGCAAUUCCGUUGGCAAAACUGUUAGUGAGUGCAAAGCUGGAUGGAUUAGCUUACGGAAGAGCUGUCGCUAUCACGCCAAAGUGGCCCGCAAGUAUAAAAGUGGUAGCGCAGGUGGAGAAACGCUGGAGGAGCCUUUUUUUCAGACGCGAUUGAUUGGGAUUUUGCUGAAGAAAUGGCAUUUUUACCAAAUACAUCACACAAAAGAACAACUUUCACAAGUCCAACGUUUGAAGAUUUUGAUUCAGCUUCCCCGAUAAAUAGAGCGAAUGAGGAGGUGUUAAGUGUUCCGCAAUAUGAUUAUGUAAGUAAUCCAACACCCACCACAAGUAGUCGUACGUUUCGCGGAAGCCAAAAUGACGAGGCAUGGAAUCGGUUCAACAACAUUUUAAGGAAGCAAGAAGAUUUGGUAGCAGCAAAGAACAACUCAUCAUAUGCACAAGUUCUUGCUAGUUUUGAGUGGUUGUUGAAUAAACUUCCACGGUAAGUUGGUGAUGAUAUGUGUAUGGAAUUUUACAGUAUGCUGUUACAGAAUGUUAAUGAACUUAAAUCAAAAAAUUAAAAUAAAUAUCUUUUUAUACUCACUUAUCUUCUGAUUAGUUAUGAAAUAAAUAAACACGAAAUUUGGAAA